AUGGUCACAACCCUGAAAGACCUCCCUUCGGAGCUCCUGAUCCACAUCCUCAGUUUUCUGCGUUUCGAAGACGUUCUCAACGUCCAGUCUGUGUCGAAGCAGUUUGACGGGCUCGUUCGCUCCUCCUUAAGCCUACAGUACAUCAUCGAACUGGGUGCUUCGGGGUACGUCGAUAAUCCGCUCGAUCCGUCCUCCACCGAAGAGCGCCUACGGCUGCUCCAUGAACACCAGGACGCCUGGAAGGGGCCUCACCUGCGUGUCUCGCGUACAAUGCCUAUUAUUGGCCAUGGUGAUUAUCGCAAAUACAGUCGCGGCAUGUUCAUGCGGUUGAACACAGACGCAAGCCCCGGCUUCCAUAGCCUGGACGUGUUGGACAUCAUUUCACCGGAAAAUCGGUCUUGGACCGUGCAUACGGACUUCGACUUCAGUACUGACUGUGAGAUUGACCCGGAGCAAGACCUACUUGUGCUACUUCAUGUAGUCCCGGUGCAGCAAGAGUCAUCGCUGGAAAUCGCUCUUCUCUCGCUCACGCACGGAACUAUUCAUCCUCGUGCUGCCCUAAGUCCUGUCCGGGUAGGGUUUGAUGACUGGGACAUGCCACUAUGCACGUCCGUGCAAGUGGAUGGUGACGUCGUUGCACUCUCUGUAUACACGCGUAGGUUCGCGCACAAAUGA